AUGUCGCCUCCGUAUUCAUCACCAGCCCAGGUCCCCAGCAAGAAGCGGGCAUCGACAAUGGACAUGAACAUGCCGCCCGGCAAGCGCAGGAAGAGCUCCGUCAUCUCACAGCCACCCACACAUCCCCUGCGCCAGACAUCGUUCCCGCCAGAAGCAGGCUCGCCGUAUCCCCGGUCGCCGUCGGUGGACGCCGCGUCGCACGUCAGCGGCAGCGUGGUGAGCGCGACGACGAGCGCCGUGUCGAAGCGCAAGCGCGGUAGGAAAGCCAAGGGCGCAAAAGGCGGCGAGGACGGGGGAGACAAGACGCCGAGCCUGGUGGGGGGCAAGGCAAUGACGACGGCGAGCGGGCAGGGAGGGGGAGCGGGCGAUAAGGAUGCUGAGGAGGAUGAAGAGGAUGACAAGGAGGAGAUGGCGCUGGAGGAUGCGGUCGCGCGGACGCAGGAGCAGAAGCAGGAAGAAAUAAGAUUGAGGGCUAUGCUCGUGGAGGCGUUUGACCCGGUGCAGUAUGAUCGGUACGAGUUUUGGAGGGCGGCCAAGUUGUCGGAGGCGGUUGUCAAGAGGGUCGUCAAUGCUACCGUCUCGCAGUCGGUGCCCCAGAUGGUGGCAACGGCAGUCAAGGCAGUCGCCAAGCUCUUUGCCGGAGAGAUCAUCGAGGGAGCACGAAGCGUGCAAGCCGAAUGGAUCCUCGCGGGAGAGAAGCAGAGCGAGGUCGCGACGCCGCCGCCGUUGACAGACGAAGCCGAAAACGACGAAGAGCCUGACCUCCGCAGGGGCCCGCUGCGGCCAGACCACCUGAGAGAGGCGUGGCGGCGGUACAAGCUGAGCCACGAGAGCCGAGGAGUUGGAGUGCAGCAACUGUGGCACGCGCAGCAGGGGACCGGGGUGGAGAGAUUUUCGACGAGGACGGGGAACAGGCUGUUUCGGUGA